UUAUUUUUCUUAAUAAUUAUUUUUUUUUUUUUACAAAAUGGGCUGUAAUAAGCAACAUAGACUAUAUACCCUUUAUCUAAUGGUAUGUAAUCAUUUAUUCUAAUAAAUUGGAAUAAAUAUUUUCAUAAUGUACACUUCAUGAGCCCAAACAUGUUAAAAGAAAUAAUGUAGGAAAUACCAUUUGACGUCAAUAUUGGUCUUUUCCCUAAUUUUUAUGGACUAAACUUUGAAUAAUUGGUUUUAAUCAACGGAUUAUUAUCUUAAAUUAAGGAUUUGAGUAAGAAAAUCAUAUGUUGACGUAUUAUUUUAGAAGCUAUCAGCUCUAUAACAAGUACACCCCCUCCCUAAAAUCUUGAAAAAUUGUACAUUAUCAUAUCAUCAUAAGACAUGUGAAGUUUGAGCAUAUUUACAUCCUUGGAUAAGAAUUUGAACUAUUCUAAACUAUAACUAUUAUAACAUACACGUGGUUUACAAUUAAAUCUUACAUUUUAUCUGAAAAAAUAAUAUUAUAGAGAAGGCUUUGCACAAUGUAAAUGUAAAACGAAAGUAACAAACUGAAUUUUGAUGAUUUUGCUUAUAUGCAUACGUGCAAUGUGUGAUAUAUCUUAUAUCCUGAGACAAAGUUUUAUAUGAAUCUCUACAGGUCAUGAAAUCAUGUACAUGUACAUAAAUUGGAUGCAUGUUAUACAUGUUACAUGUACACGUACACCACUUACACCGGUCUAAGUAGAUGCAAUCUCAAUAAGGAACUAAUAGAUGCCGCUCCAAUAAUUUUGAAAAAGGAGAGAGGAUGAGGAAAAAAUACAAAUUCAUGACGGUCGGUGAAAUAAAACAAAUUAUUUGCAGCUGAUCUUUGAAGCUUGCGUCAAUAUCUGUAACAUUGUAGCAGCGAACACAACUACGAUAUCUGUGGUCACUGGAGCAGCGAAAUGUUAACUUUUCUUUUUUACACGAGCGUACCAUGUAUUUGUUGAUGAUAAUUUGGAACCUAUUCUAACCCGGAUCCUCACAAAAGAAAUAUCAUCAUGAUGCUCGUCGAAAUCUGAAUUGGUCUUACCUCCCCCUCCCCCCUUUCCCAUCUGUCUCCCCCACUUUCUGAUGCCCCACAAUUCCAUAUGUUGAACAUUUGGAUCAUAGUAAAACUUUUACAUACAUGAAUAGUCAAUGUACACUGAAUGUCUCACGGACAUGUACAAUGUAAUUGACACACCCCCAUCCACCAAAAUGUUGUUUGUUUUCCAACCGAUUUUUUUCUGAAGUUAUAAUCAUCUCUAUCGCCCUCCCCCCCUUUUUUUAAAUUUUCAACUUAAAAUUUGACUGAUAAGAUGAUAAGAACAACCAGGAAGGAAUUGAUAUCGGAUAUUCAUAUCUCGUAUCGCCAUGUAAAAAUCAAAUGGAUAUCGUUAAAAUAUCACAUUUCGGAAAACGGAAGCGUGGUUCCGCAUUUACAUUUGAUGGUGACUUAGGCCGAGUAUAGGUCUACUUUAAGGUUGUUUUAAAAAAACAAUUAUUGAAUCUUCAAUAUGAAGAUCCAACGGGAGGCAGUUCCAUAGAGUUGAUGAAGAAACAUCAAACCGUCUUUCACCAUACAGUUGAGUAAGAGCGCGUGGCUUCCUGGAUGUAUGCUGGAGAUAAUUAAUCCAUGUAGAACCUUGAAAGUGCACAGCAGGAUUUUAUAUUACGUUCGAUAUGUCACAGGUAACCUGUGAAGCGAUAUAAAAAUUGGUGCAAUAUGCUCGUUUCCUUGAACGUGAUACUAGCCUGGCACCUGUGUUUUGAAAAUUCUGUAAAUUCUGCAAGGAUGAUGAAUCAACACCAUAAAAAGUGCAUUUCUGUAAUCAAGGCGGGAUGUAAUCUGUUAAAUUUUACAUUUUAUCUAAACUUUUUAUUCAAAAGAAGGCUAUUUACAAUGGAAAUGCUUAACGAAUGUAACAAACUGAAUUCUGAUGAUCUUGAUUAUAUGAUGUGUGUGGGAUAUAAUUGUAUUCAAAAUGUUAUAUCCUAAGACAGAAUCUACUGAUCAUGAAAUCAUUUACAUGAAUUGGAUGCAUGUCUACCACUUAUGCCGAUCUAAGUAAGGAACCACAGGGUAAUCACGUGAUGUUUCAUGGGCGCUAGAUGCCAUCCAAAUAAUUGUAUGGAGAAAAGGGAGAGAGGGCGAGGAAGAAAUAUUACGUUUAUGAAAUCUGUAACUAAGAUAUCUGUGAUCAAGGCAUGGAGCAGCAAAAUGUGAAGUCUUUCUAAUAAACAAUUAUCGGAAAACAUUAUGAUAUGCAGACCAUUGUUUGUAUUCACCAAGAGUCCUGAUCCAUACCUCUGGGACCAAACCCACCGCUACAUAUUAUUAUGAGUGCAAUCUUCAGAACACGACGUUACAGACAUUUCCGGAAACUACGCCGUCUUGACUUUGCUUACUGUUUGUCUAUUUCCUGUAUCAUUUUGUAUGUGAUAUUUACAUACGUGGAACACAAUGUGGAAUCAAUAUGUUGGUUGUUUACACCACAGCUUGAGGGGAGAAUAGAGCCCAACCUUUCCUUCACUUCUUAUGAAGAGAUGUCAUCUAAAUUCAAAUGGCUGCACAUAGGAGGACAUUACUCGCCUUAUUGUAUACCCGCUCAAAAUGUGGCCAUACUAAUUCCGUUCCGAAACAGGGAGGCACACUUGCGAGUUUUGUUGAAUAAUCUUCAUCCGAUUCUUUAUCGCCAACAAUUAAUGUACACAGUGUAUGUCAUUGAGCAGGUCGAUGAGAAACCCUUUAACAAAGGAAAACUGUACAACAUCGGGUAUCAAGAGACACUUAAAAGAAACCAUACCUGUUUCAUUUUUCAUGAUGUUGAUCUUAUUCCGGAGAAUGACAAAAUUUUGUAUGGAUGUUCAAGAAGUCCCAUGCAUUUAUCACGGGAAAUUGACAAGUUUGGUUAUAGAUUGUGUGACUAUAACUUAAUUGGAGGUGUCUCAGCUUGGAGGAAAAGAGAGUUUGAAAUGGUCAAUGGAUGGUCAAAUGCAUUUUUCAAUUGGGGAGGAGAGGAUGACGACCUGAGCUAUAGAAUUAUGGCUAAUGGAUUGUCGAUACACCGUUACAGAGAAUCACUAGCUAGAUACACAAUGCUGAAGCAUAAACGCACUACCAUCAAUACUGCUAGAUUCCAUCUUCUAGAAGACAGUCAUAAACGAUUUCCAAUAGAUGGCCUAUCCAGUCUGGUGUAUAUUCCUCCUACAGUAGAACUUCAUCAGCUAUUCACAAAAAUAUCUGUCAGAGUUUGAUAUUUUCUACAUGUAUUAUUGUAAAUAAAUUGAAUGAGAUUGAA